GGGGCCUGCAGCGGCAGCCACCGUGUUGCCCCUACAUUACCUCCCUGACUCCCAAGAAGUCAGCAUGGGAAGCACCUCUGACCCCUAGGUCUCAGACCCAGGGCCCAGCUGGCCUGUCACAGAGUCUCUCAGGGCACCUACCACCACCUGGCAGGAGCUAGAGAUGGGCGUUCCUGGAGCAAUAGCCAGGCCCAGGUCACAAACGAGGGCACCAGGAUGCAGACAGGUGACACAGCCUGCCCAGGGUCACCCAGCUGCUCCUGGUGGUAAUCCCAGACUCCAUGAGGAAGCAGGAGGCGCGGACGGGCAGGGAGGCUGGCCAGGGCCAUGGCACCAGCUCCCCAGCUGAGCAGGUGAAAGCCCUCAUGGACCUGCUGACCGGGAAGGGUGGGCAGGGCUCCCAGGCCCCACAGCCUCCUGACAAGACAUCAGACUCCCCGCUGGGAUCCUGCAGCAACGACUCAAGGAUACAGAGGCACCGAGAGGCCCUGCUGAGCAGGGUGGGAGGCGGCCUGGAGCUGGGCAGCACCUCACACAGGCUGACCACCCUCCUGCUGGUGGAGGGCCUAACAGACCUACAGCUGAAGGAACAUGACUUCACACAGGUGGAGGCCACCCGUGGGGGCUGGCGCCCUGCCAGGCCCAUCACCAUGGACAGGCUUUUCCUGCCUCUCUCCCGGGUGUCCAUCCCACCCCGUGUCUCCAUUACUGUCGGUGUGGCUGGCAUGGGCAAGACCACCUUGGUAAGACACUUUGUCCGCCUCUGGGCCCGAGGACAGGUUGGCAAGGACUUCUCAUUGGUGUUGCCUUUGACCUUCCGGGAUCUCAACACCCACGAGAAGCUAUGUGCAGACAGACUCAUUCGCUCUAUCUUCCCAUACAUCAGGGAGCCCACCUUGGUGUUGGCAGCCCCCACAAGAGUCCUCCUGAUCUUGGAUGGCUUGGAUGAGUGUAAGACGCCUCUGGACUUCUCAAAUACUGUGGCUUGCACAGACCCCAAGAAGGAGAUCCAGGUGGACCACCUGAUUACCAACAUUGUUCGAGGAAACCUCUUUCCGGAAGUUUCUGUCUGGAUCACAUCCCGUCCCAGUGCAGCUGGUCAGAUCCCAGGGGGCCUGGUGGACCGGAUGACUGAGAUCCGGGGCUUUAAUGAGGAGGAGAUCAAGCUAUGUUUGGAGCAAAUGUUUCCCAAGGACGAGACUGUCUUGGGCUGGAUCCUGAGCCAGGUGCAGGCCAACAGGGCCCUGUACUUGAUGUGUACUGUUCCAGCCUUCUGCAGGCUCACGGGGUUGGUGCUGGGUUACUUGUGCCACAAAAGGUCAGGGCUCCAGGAUACAGAGCUGCGGCCUCCAAGGACCCUGUGUGAGCUCUACUCUUGGUACUUUAGGAUGGCCCUCAGUGGGGAGGGGCAUGAAAAGGGCAAGGUGAGCCCUCGAAUUGAGCAGGUAGCCCAUGGUGGCCGCAAGAUGGUAGGUAUGCUGGGCAGGCUGGCCUUCCAUGGGCUGGUCAAGAAGAAGUACGUGUUUUAUGAGCAGGACAUGAAGGCGCUGGGCAUGGAUCUCACUCUGCUGCAGGGUACACCAUGCAGCUGCUUCCUGCAGCGUGAGGAGACGCUGGCCUCCUCAGUGGCCUAUUGCUUCACACAUCUGUCUCUGCAGGAGUUCGUGGCAGCCACGUAUUACUACAGUGCUUCCAAGAAGUCCAUCUUCGACCUCUUCACGGAGAGUGGUGUGUCCUGGCCCAGGCUGGGCUUCCUCACGCAUUUCAGGUGCGCAGCCCAGCGGGCCAUGCAGGCUGAGGACGGGAGGCUGGAUGUAUUCCUGCGCUUCCUCUCAGGUCUCUUGUCUCCGAGAGUCAACAACCUGCUGGCUGGCUCCCUGCUGGCCCCAGGUGAGCACCAAGGCUACCGGGCCCAGGCGGCCGAGCUCCUGCAGGGCUGUCUGCGCCCUGAUGCUGCAGUCUGUGCCAGGGCGGUCAACAUCCUGCACUGCCUGCAUGAGCUACAGCACACAGAGCUGGCCUCCAGCAUGCAGGAGGCCAUGGAGAGCGGGGCCCUGGCAGGGCUAACAACCCCUUUGCACCGGGCUGCCCUGGCCUACCUCCUACAAGUGUCUGAUGCCUGCGCACAGGAGGCCAACCUGUCCCUGUGCCUCAGCCCAGGCGUCCUCCAGAGUCUGCUGCCCCAGCUGCUGUAUUGCCAGAGCCUCAGGCUGGACACCAACCAGUUCCAGGAUCCAGUGAUGGACUUGCUGGGCAGUGUGCUAAGUGGAAAGGACUGUCGCAUUCAGAAGAUCAGCUUGGCUGAGAACCAGAUCAGUAACAAAGGGGCCAAAGCUCUGGCCAGAUCCCUCCUGGUCAACAGAAGUCUGACCACUCUGGACCUCCGCAGUAACUCCAUUGGACCACAAGGGGCCAAGGCUCUGGCAGAUGCUCUGAAAAUUAACCACACACUGAUCUCGCUGAGCCUCCAGAGCAACACAAUCAGGGAUGAUGGUGCCAGGUCCAUGGCUGAGGCCUUGGCUUCCAACCGGACCCUCUCCGUGCUGCACCUGCAAAAGAACACCAUUGGACCCAUGGGAGCUCAGCGAAUGGCAGAUGCCCUGAAGCAGAACAAGAAUCUGAAGGAGCUCAUGCUCUCCAGUAACAGCAUUGGUGAUGGAGGCACCAAGGCCCUGGCUGAGGCCAUGAAGGUGAACCAGAGCCUGGAGAGCUUGGACCUACAGAGCAAUUCCAUCAGUGACGUGGGAGUGGCAGCAUUGAUGGGGGCCCUUUGCACCAACCAGACCCUUCUCAGCCUCAACCUGCGAGAAAACUCCAUUAGCCCUGAGGGAGCCCAGGCUGUGGCUCAUGCGCUUUGCACCAACAGCACCCUGAGGAACUUAGACCUGACAGCCAACCUCCUCCACGACCAGGGUGCACAGGCCAUUGCAGCAGCAGUGAGAGAAAACCGUGCCCUCACAUCCCUUCACUUGCAAUGGAACUUCAUCCAGGCCAGUGCUGCCAAAGUCCUGGGACAAGCACUACAGCUCAACCGGAACCUAACCAGCUUGGAUUUACAGGAGAAUGCCAUUGGGGACGAAGGAGCAUCUGCGGUGGCCAGUGCACUGAAGGCAAACACAGCCCUCACUGCUCUCUAUCUCCAGGUGGCCUCCAUUGGUGCCCCAGGGGCCCAGGCACUCGGGGAGGCCCUGGCUGUGAACAGAACCUUGGAGAUUCUUGACUUGAGAGGAAAUGCCAUUGGGGUGGCCGGAGCCAAAGCCCUGGCGAGCGCUCUGAAGGUAAAUUCAAGUCUCCGAAGACUCAAUCUUCAAGAGAAUUCAUUAGGGAUGGAUGGGGCAAUAUGUGUCGCCACCGCACUCUCUGGAAACCACCGGCUCCAGCAUAUCAAUCUCCAGGGAAAUCACAUUGGGGAAUCUGGUGCCAGAAUGAUCUCAGAGGCUAUCAAGACAAAUGCUCCCGCGUGCACUGUUGAAAUGUGAGCAAAACAAGUUCCUGGUUGACCAGGCAGGACAGGCAGAGACUCAGCUGGAAGCUUUUGAACAGAAAGACCCAUCUCUGAGGGGUCCUCCUGAGAUCUGGGAAUGAUGCUGAUCUAGCAAGAGUCCUGGUCUCCUGAACGGAGGAAGGAAAGAUACUAUCCAAGGAAGUCGUGAGCUGCCCUGGUCCAGAAUCAAUCUGAGCAGUGGCAGAUGGGACACUCCGCUAUAGCACAGACAAGGGAAGAGGUUGCCACCAAGGGGCUUGGGGACACAGGCCUGUAAGCCCAGCAAUGUAGGAAGCUAGUUCUAGCUUACUUAUAUCCUGAGGUCUUCAUCUGCCCCCAACUUUAAAAAACUUUUAUUACCACCCUUUUUUACUUACCUGGUUAAAAUCAUCCCACUCUGAAAUGAGCUGCCAUCCCCGAGUUCAUUAAGAGCAUCAGUUUGACAGAAGUGACAGAGGAGACCCUUUCUUUGCUUAAGAAGAAAAAAGGUUGUAGGUAUAAUCUUUAUUAUAGACACAUGGAAAAAUGGGAUUAUUGUGAAUACAAAUGAAAACUUUAAUUCUAAGAUUUUGGAAACAGACAAAAAUGUUUUACAAGGAUUUUGCCACUUUGUAAGAUACCUUAAAAAAUCUCUCCAAGACAUGGAUGAUGUCUGCCACAUGUUAUUUUGGUCUCUGGCACACAGGCGCAUUAAAUGUUGGUACUUUAAUAAUGUUA